UUUCCAUACAUAGUCAUACACAGAGACCAGGCCCCCCCCCUCAUAUCCUCGGGGAACGAUAUCUGUCCUCGAUAUAAGAAGCCUUGAGCAUGCUGCAUCCUCGGACAUCUCCACUUCUGGCGCUCCUCCUCCUCGUCCUUCCAUACACACACAGCCGCUGCUACUUUCAGGCCAAAGCACUGUGCCGCCAUGCUGGGAAGAGCUACGGAUUGGGGGAAUCGUGGCUUGGCAAGGACUGUCAGCUCUGCACCUGUCUGCACCCCGUGGGAGUUGGAUGCUGUGAGAUAACACAGCACCCCAUUGACUUCCCAUCGUGGUGUGAAGCUCGCUAUGACCCUCAGACCUGUCACAUCUCUGUCGUUCAGAAGGCCAAUCCUAGUCUUCCAUGUGUGCACAGCGCAGACUACGAAUGGGGCUCAGCCGGGACCCCGGAACCCACUUCAGGGUCCAUCUAUCCCACCCACCUCGGCAGAUAGACUGUAACCUGUGAUCUCCGCCUUUCCAUGACUACCAGACCACUGUGAGCGCUCUACCAGCUUCCUAUUUACGAUUCCGGGGUAGCCCUGUAUAUCCAUUACAAUGCGGCUGGCUCCCUGCAGCUUCCAUCAGUGCCAUGCGGUCAGCUAUGUGCCAGCCAGACCCCGGCAUCCCCCCCAGGACUAUGAUAACGUGUUUAUGUUCUAAUACUGUGUAUGACCACUUAGCACCCAAUAAACCACUCUGCUCAA